AUGUCAAGCAAGGCGCAAGGCAAAGAUGCACAGACAAAUCCUCGAGGCAUCCCUUAUGCGCCUUUCGUGGACAAGGUCGAGGACUAUGUUUCCUCAAGAGCGGAAGUAGAUGGGACGAUGAAAAGUUUUCAGGAGAUGAUAUCCAAAUACCAGUUCAUGGAAGCCAACACACAAAGGCGAAAGGCUGGAUUGGAUGAGAAAGUACCAGACAUACAAAAGACACUGGAUACAGUACGGUUUUUGAAGACCCGAAAGCCAGACUCGGAUGCUAUAGAAGCCACAUUCGAGCUCAACGAUACUCUUUACGCUAAAGCGCUCGUGCCACCUACGGAAGAGGUCUACUUGUGGUUGGGUGCAAAUGUGAUGCUCGCAUAUCCAAUCGUGGAAGCGGAGACGCUCCUGGAAGGAAAGCUGUCCGGCGCGCAGCAGACGCUUGAGAAUUGCGAAGAAGAUUUGGAUUUCCUAAGAGAGCAGAUCACCACCUUGGAGGUUGCAACGGCAAGAGUGUACAAUUGGGAUGUCACAAUGAAGAGGAAAGAGAAGGCGGAGUCUGGGGAGGAAGUUGAUGGAAAGAAGAAAAGACUGCCAAAUGGUUAA